AUGAGCUCUCCGAGUUCAAGGUUCGCUGUGAGCGGCUACCUGCCCAUUAUGAAAGCUUUAAAAUUCUCAGACAAAGACUUCCCUACCUUAGAUGAUUUCUUGAAGUUUCUCAAGGAUCACUGCAAGUCUCUUGAUGCAGCUCAGGGCUCGUCUCCUGCUUCAACUCACACCACUUCCCGGCAAACCGACUUGCGUUCGACUUCCACCAGUAAGCCUAACAAGUAUUCCAAGUCAGACAAAAAAUGUGGCAAAAAACAUCACACUUCCCUGCAUGAAGAUAAUUUCCUCAAGACUAAUUCAACUUUUGACCAAAAUAAAUCUCCAAGGCCUAACUUAGACUCAACGUUACAGCCUGAAACCCACAAGGAAACAUCAGUUUCUCAAGUCAGCUUUGUUCAUCACACAAAUGCUCCUACACCCUGUGUAACUACUCUUCUUGGCACUGCCCUUAUUCAGCUUAGAGACUCUACCAACAACUUUCAGACUUUUAGAGCACUAAUUGAUCCUGGAUCCAUGAGUUGUUUUAUCACUGAUCACUGUGUGAAAAAACUUGGGCUUCCUCGUUCAAAAUUAGAACAACAUGUCUUAGGUAUUUCACAAACUGCUGCCACUUCGACCAAAGGCAAAGUGUCGUGUAUACUGAAGCCUACCAAAGCUCAUACUCCUCUAAUUCCAACUACUGCUAUUGUCUUGAACAAGAUUACUUCUCCUUUACCGUCUGUACGGUUAACCAAGGACAUUAUCAAUCAUUUUAAGGAUUGGAAUUUAGCCGACCCACAUUUUUAUGAGCCUUCACCGGUUGACUUCCUCAUUGGAGCUGAUUUAUUCCCCUUGAUUUGUGACGGUGGGCGGUCAAAUAGCCCUCCUGGAUUCCCUACUCCAUUCAAAACCAUUUAUGGAUGGACCUUAAUUGGUAGAACCUGUCUGUCUUAUUUUGAAAACCAACCAACGUGCUCUUCUAUCUGCACUAACUUGUCCAUUACUGAGUCCUCACUUGAGAAACAUCUCAAACUAUUUUGGGAACUUGAAGAUUUACCACAAUCUAAGCCAAUAAGUCCUGAAGAUCAAGCAUGUGAGAGAAUAUUCGUUAAAACACAUUCCAGGGAUCCUUCUGGAAGAUAUAUUGUUCGACUUCCGUUCUGUGAAAAUCCAGUUGACUUAGGAAACACUUUCCACCAUGCAGAACGUAACUUUCACGCUCUUGAGCGACGUUUCCAGAGUGAUUUCAACUUCAAAUCGGCCUAUGUAAAUUUCAUGAAGGAAUAUGAGGAUUUAGGCCAUAUGACUCAGCUUCAUUCUUCAACUUCGACUACUUCAACCUACGUUAUUCCGCAUCAUGGAGUUUUUAAGAACUCAGAACAAAAUCCUAAAUUGAGAGUUGUAUUCAACGCCUCGGCCCGCAGUUCAAAUGGAUUUUCUCUCAAUGACAAGCUAUUAACGGGCAAGAAACUACAAAAUGAUGUUUCUGAAAUCUUGACCCGCUUUCGCCUUCACCCUUUUGUUAUCUCAUCAGACAUCUGUAAGAUGUAUCGUCAGAUAUUGAUCCAUCCUGAAGAUAGGAUUUUCCAAACCAUUCUUUGGAGAGAAAACCAAAACUCACCGCUUGCUACUUAUGCAUUGAAUACUGUCACCUAUGGGGUUAGUUCAUCACCAUUUCUGGCCAUUAGAACGCUACAUCAACUUGUAGCUGAUGAAGGUGCCGAUUUCCCACUCGCUAGCAAGGCUAUUUUGAAUGACAUGUUCGUUGAUGAUUGUCUCACUGGUAACGAUUCCCUAGAUGAAGCUUUCAAACUCAAAUCUGAAUUGAUUGAGCUCUUAAAGCGUGGUGGUUUUGAACUAAGUAAAUGGGCCAGUAAUUCUCGUGAACUUUUAGAGGAUAUUGUAAGCAAGUCUCAAGAUAUUUUAUUCUCUGGAGAUAAGGACCACAAUCAGUUCAUUAAGGUACUUGGUUUAAAGUGGAACCAAAACACCGAUGAGUUUACUUAUGAAGUUCCUAUUCAGAAAACUUUACCAACCAAACGAGGAAUUUUGUCUAUGAUUUCCCGUAUUUUUGACCCUUUGGGCUUAGUCACCCCUGUCGUACUCUGGGCCAAGUGUAUGAUGCAACAAAUAUGGUUUCUUGGUUUGGAUUGGGAUGAGAUUCUUCCCGAUGAUUUAUUCACUCAGUCAAAAAACUUCUUUCAUGACUUGCCGCUUCUAAGUAAAUUACGAAUUCCAAGGAACGUUUUGCCUCAAAAUUCUACUGGUGCGCAACUCCAUGGAUUUUCGGACGCUUCGGAAGUUGGUUAUGGAUGUUCGGUUUAUCUCAGAGUUGUCACCUCUGAUGGCUCUGUUAUGACCAAUCUGCUAAUGGCGAAGUCAAAAAUUGCUCCCCUCAAGAAAAUAAGUAUUCCUAAACUCGAACUUUGUGGUGCACUUCUGCUAACCUCAGUAUCAAAGGUCAACCCCAACGUUAUCUCUGAAGCUAGUUCCGUGUUAGCCACUGAAGAAGACACAUGGGGUACCCCACUACACUACAAGUUCAAGGGUCUAGAACACAUUGAGCAUGCAUAUGCUCAGCAACUAGCGACUGGUUCUGGAUUCUAUAUCUGGCCAGAUCUGGUUUUAAGAGUUAAUCUGGCCAGAUGGAGAGCUCGGCCAACCAUCCUCCAGGAUAUUUUGUACCUACUUGGAGCGGCUGGCCCGAAGAUCCGGUGGAAUUUCCGCGCCCCAGAAUGGGAUAUUAUAGAGAAGGCCACCUGCAUACAACAGCCCACAGGCAGCGUAGAUUGCGGAGUGUACGUCUGCUUGUACACAGAGCAAAUCGCAACCGGGACGUCAGUGACGGAUCUGGGAGCGUUGGAUGGCGUUGCAUUGCGGAAGAGAAUGGCAUCAGCUCUGCGGAGAUCGGAGCUAAUUGGAGAUGAGGAGCAACUUCUAAUCAAGGAUUGA